AUGUCUUCCUCCACCGAUCAUCCAUGGAUCUACGACGUGUUCAUAAAUUUCAGAGGACAGGAUACUCGUGAGAAGCUCGUUUCUCAUCUCUAUGCUGCACUCUCAAACGCAGGAAUCAACACUUUUCUUGACGAUAAGAAUCUUCAAAAGGGAAUGGAACUUGGACCAGAACUAAAGAGGGCAAUAGAGGGCUCUCAGAUUUGUAUUGUUGUUUUAUCAGUCAACUAUACAAAAUCUAGCUGGUGUCUUAACGAGCUGCUACAUAUCAUGGAUUGCCGCAAAAAUUAUGGCCAGUUGGUUUUACCCGUAUUUUACGAGAUUGACCCAUCAUUUGUUCGCAGGCAGACUGGUGAUUUUGGAGAAGCCUUGGAAGUUAGUGCAACGCGUGUCGAAUCUUUUAGUCUAAAAAAAAAGAAAGGAGAUCUGUUGAAAAAGUGGAGGACGGCACUCACCGAAGUUGCUAAUCUAUCUGGCUGGAAUUCCAGUAGUUUCGGAACUGAAGGUAAUCUAGUGAAGAAAAUUGUUGAGAACAUUUUGACAAAAAUAGAUGUCUCAUUGUUGUCUAUUACUGAAUUUCCCAUUGGAUUGGAUUUCCAUGUGCAAAACAUGACCAACUUUAUUGAUGAUCAAUCAAGCAAAGUCUGUAUGAUAGGGAUUUGGGGAAUGGGUGGUUCGGGCAAAACAACCACCGCCAAAGCUCUCUACAACCAAAUCCAUCGUAAGUUUGAGGGUAGAACAAGUUUCAUCGAAAAUAUACGAGAGACUUGUGAAAAUGAUACUAGAGGAAUUAUUCAUUUACAACAACAACUUCUUUCUGAUCUCCUCAAAAUAAAGCAGGAGAUUCAUAGCAUUGCAUUGGGGAUAAAUAAGAUCGAGACAAAACUUCGGGGGCAAAAGGUUUUCAUCGUACUCGAUGAUGUGACCAAGUCGGAGCAAUUAAAUGCCCUCUGUGGAAAUCCUAAGUUGUUUGGUUCAGGAAGUGUUUUGAUUGUUACAACUAGAGAUAUACGCCUUCUCAAUUCACUCAAUGCCGACCAUGUCUUCACAAUGACGGAAAUGGAUGACAAUCAGUCACUUGAACUUUUCAGUUGGCAUGCUUUUCGGCAACCAAGUCCUAGAAAAGAUUUUAGUGAACUCUCUAAAAAUGUAGUUGCUUAUUGCGGAGGAUUGCCACUGGCUCUUGAAAUCCUUGGAUCUUACUUAUCUAAGAGGACGAAACAGGAAUGGAGAAGUGCACUAUCAAAAUUAGAGAAAAUUCCUAACAAUCAAGUGCUACAGAAAUUGAGAAUCAGCUAUGAUGGUUUAGAAGAUAAUGAGGAAAAGGAUAUAUUUCUUGACAUAUGUUGUUUCUUCCUUGGAAAGAACAGAGCUGAUGUUACAGAGAUACUCAAUGGCUGUGGACUUCAUGCUGAUAUUGGAAUAGCUGUCCUCAUAGAGCGCAGCCUCGUAAAAGUUGGAAAGAAUAACAAGCUUCAAAUGCAUGAUUUGCUAAGAGACAUGGGAAGAUCAAUUGUUGGCGAAUGUUCAGCAAAAGAGCCUGUCAAGCAUCGUCGAUUAUGGUUUCGUGAGGAUGUGUUGGAUGUUUUGUCAAAAAAUACUGGAACAGAAACAGUUGAGGGAUUGAUUUUGAAGCUGCAUAGAACAGGCAGAAUUCGCUUCAGUACUAAUAUUUUUCAGGAGAUGAAAAAACUGAAGCUCUUAAAACUUGAUGGUGUUGACGUCAUCGGAGAUUAUGGGUUAAUUUCAAAACAAUUGAGAUGGAUUGAUUGGCAAAGAUCUACCUUCAAAUUUAUACCCAAUGAUUUUGAUCAGGAAAAUCUAGUUGUUUUUGAAUUAAAACAUAGCAAUGUUGAACAAGUUUGGCAGGAGACCAGGUUGUUGGAGAAGCUAAAAGUUCUUAAUCUCAGUCAUUCCAAGUAUAUGAAAAGAACUCCCGACUUUUCAAAAAUGCCGAAUCUAGAAAAGCUCAUUAUGAAGGGUUGUCAAAGUUUGUCUGAGGUACACAAGUCCAUUGGGGAUCUUAAGAAGAUUGUUUUCAUAAAUUUGAAGAAUUGUACUAGUCUCGUCAAUCUCCCAAGAGAGAUCUAUCAAUUGAUAACAGUGAAAACGCUCAUUCUUUCUGGUUGUUCCAAGAUUGACAAAUUGGAAGAAGAUAUAAUGCAAAUGGAAUCAUUGACGACUCUAAUUGCAGCAAAUACUGGUAUUAAACAAGUUCCCUAUUCAAUACUAAAAUCGAAAAGUAUUGGAUAUAUAUCUCUUUGUGGAUAUGAAGGAUUAUCAAGUGAUAUUUUUCCUUCUCUCAUAUGGUCUUGGAUUUCACCAACCAGAAACCCCCUACCCCGUGUUUCUCCAUUUGGAGGCAAUACAUUGUCUCUAGUUUCAUUGGAUGUAGAGAGUAAUAGUACGGACUGUCAAUCUUCGGUGCUUACCACCCUUUCAAAACUUAGAUGUGUUUGGGUUCAAUGCCACUCAGAGAAUCAACUAAGUCAAGAAUUACAAAAAUUUAUCGAUGACCUAUAUAAUGUGAAUUUUACGGAGUUAGAAACAAAAUCACUUGAACCAAAAGUCUCAAAUAUUUCCUUGAGAUCACUUGUGAUUGGAAUGGGGAGUUCCCAAAUAGUCAUGGAUACUCUUGGGAAAAGCUUAUCACAGGGAUUGACAGCCAACUCUAGCGAUUCUUUCCUUCCGGGUGACAAUGACCCUUUUUGGUUAGCCUACACAUGUGAAGGACCUUCGGUACUUUUCCAAGUUCCUCAAAAUGGUGACUGUGAAACGAAGGGAAUAACUUUAUGUGUUCUUUAUUCAUCAACGCCUGAAAACCUGGCAACUGAAUACUUCACUAGUGUCUUGAUCAUUAAUUACACAAAAUUCACUCUCCAGAUUUACAAGCGAGAUACUAUUAUGUCGUUUAAUGAUGAAGAUUGGCAAGGGGUGGUAUCAAAUUUCGGAGUUGGUGACAAGGUUGAGAUUUUUGUUGCUAUAGGGCAUGGAUUGACUAUUAAGGAGAUGGCUGUUUAUUUAAUAUAUGAUCAGUCAACUACUAUGGAAGUGGAGCCAAUACUUGAAGUGGAAGUGCAACCACCACCUGGUGUGAAAAUGGAGCCAAUACUUGAAGUGGAAGUGCAACCAUCACCUGGUGUGAAAAUGGAACCAUCACUUGAAGUGGGAGCACAACCAUUACUUGGUGUGAAAAUGGAGCCAUCACCUGAAGUGGAAGCACAACUAUCACUUGAUACGAAAAUGGAGCCAUCAUUUGAAGUGGAAGCACAACCAUCACUUGAUACGAAAGUGGAGCCAUCACUUGAAGUGGAAGCACAACCAUCACUUGAUACGAAAAUGGAGCCAUCACUUGAAGUGGAAGCACGACCAUCACCUGGUGUGAAAAUGGAGCCAUCACUUGAAGUGGAAGCACAACCAUCACCUGGUGUGAAAAUGGAGCCAUCACAUGAAGUGGAAGCACAACCAUCACUUGAUGGGAAAAUAGAACCAUUACCAAAGCCAAAUCAAAAAAUCUUUAGAAAACUCACAAAGAGAAUAGGAAAAUGUUUAUGCUUGAACCAAAAUUGA